GCCGCGUUUUCCCACCCUCGGGCCCCACAGGAUUCACCACCGUAUUGAAACGUGUUUAAGGCGCCCCUGCAGUUACACCUCGGUCCAGGCGCAUCGUGCGUGUAACCGUCCGAAUGACAGUCAUGUAAACAGCUUACAUGACGCUGCGUCAUGCUGUCUUCUGCCCGACUCCUCGCGCCUCCCUCCGCUCCCCGGGCGCUCUGUUUACACCGUCGCCCCAGGGAGGGGAGGAGGGUAGUAUCUCCACCGCUUCGUGGAGCGGCGCUCAGUCGUGGGCAGGGCGCGAACCCGUCUGCAGUGCAACACGGUUGUGCGACCGAGUGCAGCUCCAGCUGCUCGCGACGGCAGCGCAUCAUCCGCGUUUGUGUGACCCGUUGUGUCGACGAUGAGGCCCUCCUCGGCCAAGUCCUUCGAGGAGCUUCCCUUGUUGGGGACGGGCAAGGGCGGGAAGGCGUCGUACGGCGGGCUGGUGGCCGCCGCCCCUGGCUUGGCUAAACCUCGGAGAGGGAAGGCCGUCCUGGACGACGAUGACGACGAUCCCGCGACAAGGAAAUCGGGCAUAUCCGGUUUGUUUCGCUAUGCGUCCCGGAGAGACAAGCUUCUCAUGUUUGUGGGGCUUUUGUUCGCCACUGUACACGGUGCCUCCUUCCCCGUUUUGGCGCUCGUCUUUGGUCAGAUGACCAACACCUUUAUCUUGCAGUCCACAGUGACUUCUGUACAGAAGAAACAGAAUGAGAGUGUUGUGGAUGGUGAAAUGUUUGGAGUUAGUCCCACUACUCCACUUUCUACCAUAACUGAUCCAGACACUACAAGUGUACCUGAUAUGAAUGAAAUGUGGCGAAGUGGUGCUUUGUCUCCUUCUGAAUUCACUGCCUACAUGUCACAAUUUUCAUUGUAUUAUCUUUACAUUGGUAUUGGAGUUUUGGCAGCAGCAUUUAUUCAGACUGUGUGCUGGGAACUUGCCUGUGAAGGCCAGGUCCAUAGCCUACGGAAAAUAUUUUAUGCACAAAUACUUCGCCAGGAUAUUAGUUGGUAUGAUCAGAAUCAAGAAAACGACCUUACCUCUAAACUUUCAGAUGAUUUGGAGCGGGUUCGUGAAGGCAUUGGCAGUAAAUUUAGUAUGGUCAUCCAAUAUGUUGCCACGUUUGUGUCUGGACUUGCUGUUGGUCUUUACGCCAAUUGGAGACUGACUGUCGUCAUCCUUGGAGUUGGACCUCUCCUUAUUGGAACUUCAGGAUUCCUGGCUCGAGUAGCUGCUUCAACGGCCGCUCGAGAACAGCUGAAGUAUUCAAUUGCAGGAGGCAUUGCAGAUGAAGUUCUCAAUUGUAUACGAACAGUGGCGGCAUUUGGAGCUCAAGCUAGAGAGGUGAAUAGGUAUGAGAAAGCCUUAGAGAAAGGACGUUGGAUGGCAAUGAAAAAGUACUAUGUUUUAUCUGUUGGUCUCGGAGUUGUAUUUUUUGUGACUUAUGCAUCGUAUGGCCUAGCAUUCUGGUAUGGUGCAGAAUUAAUAGGAGCUGGUGUAGUAACUCCCGGCAGUGUUUUUACCGUGUUUUUCAGUGUUAUGGCAGGAGCAUUUUCUCUUGGAAAUGCUCUACCAUUUGUUAAUGCAGUGAGUACUGCUGUAGGUGCCGCAUCCAAUAUUUUUAAUGUUAUUGAUAGAGUGCCUAGUAUAGAUCCAUAUGACACACGAGGUCUGAAACCAGAAAAGGUGAAAGGUCAUAUUGAGUUCAGGAUGGUUGGCUUUUCUUACCCAGCUAGACCAGAAAUAAAGGUUCUUCAAGACUUUACUGUGUCUAUUGAGUCAGGAAAGACUGUAGCUCUUGUUGGACAAAGUGGUGCAGGAAAAAGUACGGUAGUUGGACUUCUGCUUCGAUUUUAUGAUGCAACCAUUGGCAGAAUCCUACUGGAUGGUGUUGACAUCAAAGAAUUAAAUUUAUCCUGGCUUCGAUCUCAGAUUGGUGUAGUCUCUCAAGAACCUGUUCUAUUUGCCACCUCUAUUUAUGAAAAUAUUCGUUAUGGACGUGACAAUGUUUCUCGUGCAGAGGUUGUGCAAGCUGCACUUAUAGCUAAUGCUCACAGUUUCAUUACCACCUUGCCAGAUGGUUAUGAAACUAUGGUUGGUGAUCGAGGUGCUCAACUAUCUGGCGGCCAAAAGCAGCGUAUAGCUAUAGCUCGGGCUCUUGUGCGUAAUCCAAAAAUUUUGUUACUUGAUGAAGCAACUUCUGCCUUAGACGCUCAUAGUGAGGGUGUUGUUCAAGCUGCAUUGGAUAGUGCCAUGCAAGGAAGAACAACAAUUAUCAUUGCUCAUAGGCUCUCUACAGUGAAGAAUGCUGAUUUAAUCUAUGCCAUGAAGAAUGGAGCUAUUGAGGAGUUUGGAACACACAAGGAAUUGAUGUCUAGAGAGGGUCUGUACCACAAUUUAGUAAUGGCUCAAAUGAGUGACAAAAAUGCUGCUCCUCAUGAUUAUUCUUCUGGAGGAGAAGCACUGGGAACUGGAGGAGAAUCGUAUGAAGCUAUCCAAAGUUCUGUUGAGAAAAAAUUCAGAAAACGAAGAUCACUUUCUCUCUCUUUAGCAUCUCUGGAUGAUCCAGAGUUAGACAGAUUAGCCAAAGAAGCAGAGGUGGCUGACGUUUCUGCCAAUGUUAGUGUUAGUCGAUUAUUCCGAUUAAAUGCUCCUGAAUGGGUGUGGCUGCUGUUAGGAUUUAUUGGAUGUGCUCUGACUGGCUCCAUCAUGCCAAUAUUCGCCUUCUUCUAUGGCGAAGUUUUUGCGACUUUUACCUUGCGAGGUGAAGAGCUUCGUGAAGCAGCUCUUUUCUGGACCUACAUGUUUCUGGUCCUUGCAGUUGCAUCAGGAUUUAGUUUUUGGCUUCAACUUGUGGCUAUGACAACUGCUGCUGAAAAACUUGUCAUGAGGAUGAGAUUGUUUGCUUUUAAGAAUAUUUGCGAUCAGGCUGUGGGAUGGUUUGAUUUGGAAAGUUCAUCAGCUGGAAGAUUGAUCAAUCGUCUGGCCCGUGAUGCUCCACUUGUUAAAGCUGCAGCAGGAUUGAGAGCAGGACAAGUUAUUGGUGCGAUUGUUACGUUGUUAGCAGCUUUAGUUAUUGCUUUCAUAUUUGGAUGGAAGCUGGCUCUUCUGCUUGUUGUAGCUGUACCGUUCAUAGCAGGAGCAUCAUAUCAGCAAAUGAUGAUACUGAGGCGUAAUCAACGCAGGGAUGCUGAACUUAUGAAUGAUGCAGCUAGAGUUGCAUCUGAAAGUGUUACUAAUAUUCGAACUGUCCAAUCCCUUGGGAAAGAGCGUCUUUUCUUUGAAUUGUACCUUGGAUAUCUCAGUGCUCCUUUUGUAGAGGCUAAGAAGCAGGCAAUUAUCUAUUCAAUAGUCUUUGCCCUUUCCCAAGCUGUGAUCUACAUGAUGUAUGCUGGAGCAUUUAGAUUUGGUGCAUACUUGAUAGAAGUUGGUGAUAUGGCUCCAACAGAUGUAUACAGGGUGUUUUUCGCAUUGGCUUUCUGUGCUGCCUCUGUUGGACAGACUUCUGCAUAUUUACAAGACUAUGCCAAAGCCAAACUUGCAGCCUCAUUGAUGUUUCAACUGAUUGAUCGUAAACCAGACAUUGAUUGUUCAUCAGCUACUGGGAUCAGACCUGUCAUAGCUGGCAAGGUGACAUUUAAAGAUGUCAAAUUUCAUUACCCUGCACGUCCUGAUGUUCCUGUACUUCGUGGUCUAUCAUUUUCUGUUGAGCCUGGACAAACUCUUGCAUUAGUUGGUUCUUCUGGUUGUGGCAAAAGUACAGCUGUGGCACUUCUAGAGCGAUUUUAUGAUCCUCAUUUUGGGUCUGUGAUGGUUGAUGAUAUAGACAUACGUACUAUAAACCUUCCCCAUCUUCGUGCUCAUAUUGGGCUUGUCACUCAAGAACCUGUGUUAUUUGAUUGCUCAAUUCGACACAAUAUAGCAUAUGGAAAGGCAUUCUCCUCUCGUGACUCUCUGAGUUAUCUUGCUACAGGUGAUGAAGUUCUUGACACUGUACCAAUGAGUGAGAUAAUCGAGGCUGCUAAGGCUGCAAAUAUACACAACUUUGUCUCUUCGCUUCCACAGGGCUAUGAAACAAUGGCUGGAGAUCGAGGUACCCAACUCUCUGGAGGGCAGAAACAACGUAUUGCUAUUGCUCGUGCGCUCUUGCGUAAUCCAAAGAUUUUGCUUCUUGAUGAGGCAACAUCAGCUUUAGACACUGAAAGUGAAAAGAUUGUUCAGGAGGCUUUAGAUCAUGCAAGAAAAGGACGAACUUGUAUCACAAUCGCUCAUCGUUUAUCUACAGUUCAGAAUGCUGAUUGUAUUGCUGUCAUACACAAUGGUCGUAUUGCAGAAAUGGGGACCCACGAAGAAUUGAAAGCUCGCCGAGGUAGAUACUAUCAACUGAUAAAGCGUCAAAGACUUUAAGAUAUCAUUGUCAGUCUAUGAACUAGUUGCAUGCACAUUUGUUGUGCCUGUUGCACUGUGGUGAUGUAACAGUAUUAAAUAUUAUUUUGUGAUUUAGGAACUUGGAAAUUUACGUUCCAAUUGCAUUACAAAAAUGUUUUUACUUAGAUAUUUGUAUUUAGAGGGUACUUUGAUACAUGCUGGCGUGUAUCAAAUUGUUUGUUAAUGUUAGGGAAUGCGUUGAGUUCAUUUUAAGAUUUAUGUUGUUACCUGUUAAGCCCAUAAAAAAGAUCUGUCAUGCGUUAUUCACACUCGUUUCUAAAUAACAUAUAUUUUUUUAAAAGUAUGUAUUGUGUUAAUAGUUGAAUUCAUUGGUGAUCAGUGAAAAGGGCAUAGGUCCUCGGACUUCCCAUUGGACUUAUGCCCUUUUCACUUUUUACCAGUGAAUUCUGAAGGUGUCAUUCUAUCCAAUCAUGUAUUCAUAACUCACAGGCAUAUAAAAAUUAACUACAUAUUUAGAAUAAAUCACUGGAAUCAACUUCA